CUCACAUCUCUCCGUUGGAAAGUUGCUAGCAACACGAUGAGUCUGCAGUGGACUGCAGUCGCCACCUUCCUCUAUGCAGAGGUCUUCGCUGUGCUGCUUCUCUGCAUUCCCUUCAUUUCUCCCAAAAGAUGGCAGAAGAUUUUCAAGUCCCGCCUCGUGCACUUGGUAGUGACCUAUGGCAACACCUUCUUUGUGGUUCUCGUUGUCAUCCUUGUGCUGCUGCUCAUUGAUGCUGUUCGCGAGAUUCGAAAGUAUGACGACGUGACGGAGAAGGUGAACCUCCAGAACAACCCCGGGGCUGUGGAACACUUCCACAUGAAGCUUUUCCGUGCCCAGAGGAACCUCUACAUUGCUGGCUUUUCCUUGCUGCUGUCCUUCCUGCUUAGACGCCUGGUGACUCUUAUCUCCCAGCAGGCCACGCUGCUGGCCUCCAAUGAAGCCUUUAAAAAGCAGGCAGAGAGCGCUAGUGAAGCGGCCAAGAAGUACAUGGAAGAGAAUGACCAGCUAAAGAAGGGGGUGGCUGCCGGUGGAGUCAAGUUGGAUGGCAGGGACGCUGAAGUGAAGGUGGAGGAAGAGAACAGGAGCCUGAAGGCUGAUCUGCAGAGGCUGAAGGAUGAGCUGGCUGUUAACAAGCAAAAACUGGAGAAAGCUGAAAAUGAGGCUCUGGCCAUGUGGAAGCAGUCUGAGGGCCUGACCAAGGAGUACGACCGCCUGUUGGAGGAGCACGCGAAGUUGCAGGCGGAGGUAGAUGGCCCCACGGACAAGAAGGAGGAGUGA